AAUUACUGAAACAGUCUAUUAUUAUCCAGCAGGCUUUCACACUGGGUCUGUGUAACCCGCAGUUUUUACUCACAAAAGGCUUGGGACGAUCAUAGAUUGACCGGUACUCGGGAAACCUCAUGAUUCUCAAGUAAACAGUGAUCGCUCUUAGCCAAAAUAACAAAGUCAGUGUGGAAUUCUUUAAAGGUUAAACAUCACCAAAUACACGGAACCUAUAUAGAUAUUAUAAAAUGCCUGUUAUGUUUAAAGGAGACGUGGGUUCGUGUACCACAGUUAAAGACUGGCUGAGUCUGAUGCCAUUUGUCGGGACCGUGUCCCUCAUUGUCUACGUCACGUCUCACACAUUCCAGGAGAAAUGGGAGCAGUAUCAGGGACGGAAUCGCGAUAACCUUUGCAAAGUCAACCUGUCCAUCAAGAAAUGCAGCGACAAAGUGGUUGACAUGGUCGACAUCGAAGACCUCGGGGAUAAAGUUGUAUACUGUCGCUGCUGGAGGUCAGCAACGUUUCCUUUCUGCGAUGGCUCACAUGCCAAACACAACAAGCUUACAUCUGAUAAUGUUGGGCCUCUUGUCUUGAAGAGACGAGAAUCUGGACAAUGAAGUUGACCCUGGCUUAGUCUCAAUGUUUUUUUGGUGGUGGGGCAGGGGUUAUUAUUGCCCAAAACAACUUUUUCUUUGACCCACUUUAUUUUUUUUUAUUAUUGUAGUUGUGAAAAUAGAAGUAUUUAAAGACAGAGAAUAGUUCUUGAUUGAAUGAGGUAUUUUAUUUACUCUUUGCUACCUCCUUGGCCAGCUUAAUUUAAUUAACAAUACUUUUGCAUUGUUCCUGUUAGGAAUUGUGAAGAAAUCAUUUUAUAUCUAAAGUAUUAUAUAUAUAUAUAUAUAUAUUUAUAUAUAUAUAUACAUACAUACAUACAUUUCAUAUAUAUUAUAUUGAUAUAUAUAUACACAUUAUUGCAUAUAUAUAUAUAUAUAUAUGUAUAUGUAUGUAUAUAUAUCUAUAUGUAUGUAUAUAUAUAUCUAUAUGUAUGUAUGUAUGUCUCCAGUAUUAUUUUUCUUUCGUUUUUUUCUUCUUUUUUUCUUUUGUAUUUAUAUAACAAAAAUGUUAAAAAUCAUAAAACAAUCAAACAAUGAAAAACAAGUGCUCACACCGAGAGAAUGAACAUUGUUGUUUUAGCUCAGGGGCUGGGCAAAGCUGUGACCAAAGGCAUUCCAGCCAUGACCAUCCUGUCUUAGUCAUAUCUAGGACCACACUGUCGUAUGUGUCUGACCUUAUUCAAGACGACAGGGUUCUGUUUCAUAGGCAAACUCUGCAUGUUCCGCAAUCACGUAGACAUGUCCAAUAGCCUAUUGUUUGUUACAGGAAACAUACUGGAAGAAUUUCUCAAAACAUUUUGGUGGGGUUUUUUUUUUUUUUUUGAAAGAAAUUAAAUUCAAACUUUGAACUG